GUCGUUCACCAGGUGUUGGAAGCGUGCAAUCACGACAUCGACUCCGCCAUCCAGUCGCUCAAGGGUUUGCGAAUCAUCGCCGCGGAUAACGCCGCGCUAUCACACGUUCAGCUUCAACAUUCCGCUGAUCCCGCCGCAGCUCGCGUCUCGGAGCAGGCGGAUCAACAUUCGCCGACAACAGGCCAAGCGCAACCUCUACAGGAGCCGCUGCCAGGUCAAGCUGGUCCCGUGCCCGCAUUAGAAUCGACAGCCGCAGCAGGAGCAGCUGCAGCAGCAGCAGGAGGUGGAGGAGGGGAAGGCGAUGGGAUUCCGUCGAGUGGUGCAGAGUGGGUAGAACUGGUGGUGCGGGAGAUGAUGUCAGCAGUGGACGUUGAUGACGUCAGGCUGAAAGCAGCCAUGGUUUUGGAGCAGUUUGAGAAGGAGGUGCGGAAACGAUGUGAAGCCGCUGCUGCUGCCAGUGCCGCUGCCAUUGUCCCGCAGGUAGCCGCCAAUGGCGUUUCAGCGGGGGCACACGUGGAGCACCACGUGGCAGCGCUGGUGAAGGAGAAUCAGAUCUUGAAGCGAGCGGUGGCGAUUCAACAUGAGAGGCAGCGGGAGCACGAGGCGAGGGAGGGGGAGCUUGUGCAGAUGCGGCAAACGCUGGCGCAGUACCAGGACCAGAUGCGGAAGCUGGAGGUGAGCAACUAUGCCCUCAGCUUGCACCUCCAGAAGGCACAAGGCACAGGGACCAUCCCCAACCGCUUUCACCCAGAUGUCUUCUAA